AUGACGUCGUUCCUCUCGAGUUUGCGCUCCGCCUUCCCCGCUCCUUGCACCACUACCUCACCUGCCGUCUCCUCCAGCGACCACACAUCCCUUGCCAGGUAUCUGCAGCUCUCUUCGCUCAGUAUCGACCCCGCAACAGUCGGUCGCCUUCCAUCACCUGAGACUUCGCAGCCAUUCGCUCAUACAGCGUCUUCGAGUGAUCUCUUGAAGGUGCUACAGGUCGAGCACGAUGCGCUUCGUCUCGCCAAUGAGCGUGAAGCUUCAGCUGGUGCCGUCAACGCCGUCGUCACGACGUCUACAAGGCGUAAAGAUCCUCGAGGGACCAACAGUCGAACGACUACUACAGACGUAGUGGAACAGCUCUUAUUAGUCUGCAAGCAGCAUGCAGAUUCUUCGUCGGAGGAUGGAGGGUUCUGGACGCCUCUGGAGCUGGCGGAGACUGUGCUGCAGAUUCUGCAGGACAGUCGAGGAGACGCUGAUUCCGUGCAAAGUCAGCUCUUUGGACUCGUUGGUGUGCACGGUAUGGACGUAAUUGCCUUUGCUGUGCAGCAUGAAAAGGAGAUCGUGAGUUUAAAGUCGUCCAAAGAGACGAAGCAGAGGUUACGGGACGCGCACAAGCGGCUCGAGAAAGUUGAGACGGCUCGUGCUUCUCGAGAGCUGAGAAAUGAGGCUCGAGAUGCUCCGAAUUGGCUGGAAGCGGCAGGCUACGACCCCGAAGUACUGCGCCUGCAGCGAGAGAUGGCUGAGGAAGAACGGAGAUGCCAGUCGACGUCGCUCGUGCAGCGCGAGUUUGGAGCGUUGCAAGGCGGAUAUGACUCGACAGCAGCGGCAGGUCAGUUGGUGGCUGCAGGAGCUCUGACACUACCUUCGAGCACCAAGAGGACGUACUUCAAGGGCUAUGAACAUGUGUUUAUUCCCGCACAUGCAAAGAAGGCACUAGGAAAGACAGAAACGCUCGUGGCGAUCUCGAGUCUGGAUAAGUUUGCACAGACUGCGUUUCUUGGCAUUACAAAGUUGAAUCGACUGCAGUCAAAGCUCUUUGAUGCCGCGUACAACUCGAAUCAGAACUUGUUGGUGUGCGCGCCUACAGGCGCCGGUAAAACCAACGUCGCGAUGCUUGCUGUCUUGCAGGAAGUGAAGACGCAGCUACAUCGACAUCAAGACCAGUCGAUAGGUCAAGGCGUGGCCAACAUGAAGAUCAUCUACGUGGCUCCCAUGAAGGCGUUAGCGCAAGAAGUGGUAACGAAGUUCGGGCAGCGGCUACAGACUCUGAAGUUGAAAGUGCGCGAGCUUACGGGUGACAUGCAGCUGACGAAGAGAGAGAUCGAAGAGACCCAUGUGAUUGUCACGACGCCCGAGAAAUGGGACGUCAUCACGCGCAAGUCCAGCACUCAGCAGUCGCUGCUCAGUCGGGUGAAGCUUCUGAUCAUUGAUGAAGUACAUCUGCUAGCGGAUGAACGUGGUCCUGUCAUUGAGACUAUCGUGGCGCGCACGUUGCGUCGCGUAGAGAGCACGCAGAGUAUGAUCCGUAUUGUCGGCCUAUCAGCGACUCUGCCGAACUACGUUGACGUCGCGUCAUUUUUGCGUGUGUACGUCCCCCAUGGCGAUGUACGCAUGCAAAAUGCGGCUAUGAACGGUGGCAAGGGAGGGCUGUUUUUCUUUGACUCGACGUACCGACCCGUACCAUUGGAUCAAACGUUUAUUGGCGUGAGCACAAAUGCAAAUUUGAAGGAGGCACUUGGGCUGAGUACCACAGCGCUCUCGAAGGUGACGGCAAGUCAUGAGGACCUUGCAAAGGAGAAAAAGACAGCAGGUGCUAUUAUGAGUCGACAGCGUCAAAUCCAACUAAUGAUGAACAAGCUUACGCUAGGCCACUGCUUGCAGCAAGUGAAGCACAACGAACAGGUCAUGGUUUUCGUCCAUUCACGGAAAGAGACGGCAGCUACACUGCACAGUAUUGUCGAGCUUGCGCGUAAUAACGAAGAAGAUCCUGGCACGCUGGAAGCAUUUUUACCACCCCCAGAGCUGCAAAUGCCUAUCAGUCUGCACGAGCGCGUCCAAAAGAGCCGCAACAGGGAACUCAAGGAGCUGCUGGGGUAUGGCAUGGGUAUUCAUCACGCCGGCAUGCUGCGCAGUGACCGAAACUUGACAGAGCAACUGUUUGAACUAGGCUACAUCCGCGUGCUUUGCUGUACUGCGACAUUGGCUUGGGGUGUAAACUUGCCAGCGCACUCGGUCAUUAUCAAGGGCACCCAAGUAUAUAACGCCGACAAAGGUGGCAUGACGCAGCUAAGUAUGCUGGAUGUCAUGCAGAUCUUUGGUCGUGCUGGACGUCCGCAGUACGACACAAGUGGAGAUGCGGUGUUGGUCACUACACAAGACCAAUUACCUCACUAUCUGCGGUUGCUGACUACGGGAAUACCAAUGGAGUCGUCUCUGAUCAAAGCCUUGCCUGAUCACUUGAACGCUGAGAUAGUUUCUGGCACUGUGAGUAAUCUAGACGAGGCAUGCACGUGGCUCAGCUACACGUAUCUAUACGUACGCAUGCGAAAGAACCCACUAGCCUAUGGUAUGAAGCUGGACGACGUAAACGAAGAUCCGAUGUUGACCGUACGACGCCGACAACUGUUGAUGGAUGCUGCAGAGAAAUUGGCAGCGUGUCGAAUGAUCAAAAUACUUCGCGAGAAGGUUCAGUUGGGCUCUGGUCAGGAAAGCAAGAUCGCGUUUGCCGUGACCUCAAUGGGACGUGUGGCAAGCCACUUUUACAUACAGCAUACGUCCAUCGAGACGUUCAACGACAUCCUUGAUGACAAGUCCGGCCAGAAAGAGAGCGACCAGGACGAUCUAGACUGGGAGAAGGUGCUUUUGGUGUUAUGCAGUAGUAACGAGUUUGAGCAACUGAAAUCGCGCGAGGAAGAGAUGCCGGAGUUGGAGAAGCUGAAGCGUGGGUUCUGCCGAUUCGAUAUCCUAGGAGGUGGCAUGGAUACCUACACAGGAAAGACGAACGUCCUUUUGCAAGCUCUCAUUGGCCGUGCUCGUGUGUCGACGUUUACGCUCAUCUCGGACACAAACUACGUCGCCCAGAACGGCUCACGUGUUUGUCGUGCGCUAUUUGAAAUAUGCCUGAAGAAAAACAGUGCGCGAAAAGCGGAGAAGUUCCUGCAACUUGCCAAGUCGAUCGAUCAAAAGAUGUGGUGGGACCAAAAUGCGCUGUUGCAGCUUCCGAAUGUGCCGUACGACGUCGUCGGAGAACUCGACCGUCGCCACAAUAUGACGUUGUACGACGCAAUCGUCGACCCUGACGCUUAUAACCUGAGUGCGAAGGUGAAGAAAUGGGUGCAGAGUGCUCCGUUUAUCGAUAUCGACAACGUGCAGACUCAACCAUUCGGUAGUACCAUGAUCAAACUUGCGUUUGAGCUGUAUCCACUGUUUCCAGAGUGGAAAGAAGGGGUGUUUCAGGGCAAGUCGUUGUCAUCGUGGCUAUGGGUUGAAGACGCAGUCACUGGCCAUAUCUAUCAUUCGGAGUACUACGUUCUCCACCAGAACCAAUUUGCUGGCUGGAAAGCUGGUACGCAGACGCUUGAGGUUGAGUGCUACCUUCCUGUGUUUAUCACACCGAUGCAAACAGAGGUAAGCUACAUGAUUCGCAUUCUAUCCGACCGGUUUGUUGGUAUCGAGUCGUAUUACGAAGUGAGCUACACGCCGAGCGAGACGACUAUUGCUGAGUCGGCGAAACAAAAAAGCGACAUGUACACGAAACUGCUUCGGCUGCAUCCGCAACCUCUUCAGUCUCUGGACGACCCUGUUUACCAAGCGCUAUACGUGGACAAGUUCCAGCACUUCAACCCGAUCCAGACGCAAGUAUUUCACCAGCUUUACCACCAGAAUGGAAAUGUGCUGCUAUGCGCACCAACUGGCAGCGGCAAGACGGUGUGCGCUGAGCUAGCUAUGCUACGAGUGUGGAAACAGCAGAAGCUUGGCGAGAGUGUUCAACGCGAAGCUGAGGGAUCUUCGGACACUGCAGCGGUCCACACGCCCACUGCUGCGCAGUCACUGAUUGUGUACAUCGCACCGAUGAAAGCGCUUGCCCGAGAGAAAGUGGCAGAAUGGAAGGCUCGAUUCGAACAGAACGCGCAUUUGCACAAAAGAGUGGUCGAAGUCACGGGAGAUACGCUCGUCAAUGUCGAGUUCAUCUUGAGCAAGGCCGACAUCGUGGUCACGACGCCCGAGAAGUGGGACUUGCUCACGCGCAGCAGCACGGUGGGUCGCGCUUUGAUGGCUCAAACGGCGCUCGUCGUUGCAGACGAGGUUCAUCUAGUCGGUGAGGUACCACGCGGUGCCGUACUGGAAGUACUGAUCAGUCGUCUUAGGCGAUUCAAGCGCCCUGGUCCUCCGAUUCGUCUUAUUGGACUGUCCACAGCUCUGGCAAAUGCAGGUGAUGUGGGUCGAUGGCUGGGUGGAAUCGACGCAAACGGCUCUGACGGGGGUCAAAUAUACAACUUUCCAGCGUCCACGCGCCCGGUGCCUAUGGACGUGCACAUCCAGGGCUUCCCGGAGCGUCAUUACGUGGCGCGCAUGGCGGCAAUGAAUAAGCCGACUUUCAUGGCUAUCAAGGCGUACUCUCCUGAUAAACCUGUGCUGAUCUUUGUGUCUUCCAAGGCACAGACCAAACUGACGGCGCUGGACUUGAUCCAGUUCUGCGUAUCCUCGGACGAGGGUGGCGACGGUAGCAAGCGUUUCUUGAAAAUGGACGAAUCGGUCAUGGACUCGAUUUGCCAGUCGAAUCAAAUCGUGGACGAGACCCUGAAGCACACGCUGUCUUUCGGUAUUGGCCUCCACCACGCUGGAUUGGCGCGUCGAGACCGUGAACUAGUCGAGAAACUGUAUAAAGACCGUCUCAUACAAGUGAUGAUCUCGACGUCAACGCUGGCGUGGGGAGUCAAUCUUCCGGCGCACCUUGUCGUGAUCAAAGGCACCGAGUAUUUCCAGAACGGACGAUACCGCUCAUAUCCUUUGAGUGACUUGCUGCAGAUGAUCGGUCGUGCUGGCCGCCACUUGCUGGACGACAAAGGGAUUGCGUGUGUGUUGGUGGAAGAAAGCAAGAAGAACGUCACACAGCGAUUUUUGCACGAACCGUUGGCUGUGGAGUCCUGUCUUGGUGGAAAUGCAAUGCCCCACAUCUUGGCUAACCAUCUGAAUGCAGAGAUCGCAGCAGGGUUUCUUCAUACCACGAAGGACGUGAUGGAUUACUUGAGCUGGAGUUUGCUGUUCCAGCGCGUGCUCAAGAAUCCAGGCUUCUACGGCGUUGGGGCUACUGUGGCGGCAACGGAUUCGCAUGUCGCAAGCGGUGGCAAACAGAAUAAGCAGGGAAAGCAGCCGACGACACCAAGCAAGCAAGACGGGUUGGAGACGUUUUUCUUGCAGCUAAUAUCGACAACGGUGCAGCAACUCGAGUCGAGUAAAUGCAUCACUACGUCGCGAGCCACGGGUCUGUUGUCCUUUGAACCAACGUUCGCUGGAAAGCUUGCAGCGUCACUUUAUCUGGAUGUGCGCACAGUGUCCAAUAUGAUGACUGCUUUGCAAGCAACGUCCUCUGACAAUGAAGGACCAGCAACAAGGACGAACACAUUGCUACUGCUUUGCGUGAUUUGCGAAUCCAGCAUGGAGCUUCGCGACAUCCCAUUGCGCCACAACGAGAUCACGAGCAAUUUGAUCGCAGAUCUUUGCACGAAAGUAAAGUUUUCGCCAUUGAAGCAUUUGUUUACGAGUCAACCGAAGCGUCAAAAAAUGCUACUGGAGACUCAUGGCAGCGAGGUGAAGGCAUUCCUAGUGCUUCAGAUGUAUCUGACGGGCAUGCGUCUGCCUUCGAGUGAUUUUGCAAAUGAUCUGCGCAUGUUGUUGGACCACCUACCGCGAUUGCUGAGCGCUGCAAUUGACCUCUGCGCUUUUCUAGAGCUCACGGAUCUGGUUUUCGCUGGUAUCCGUCUAUCUCAAGCCGUCGUGCAAGGGCGAUGGCCAGACAGCGGUGAUGUACUGACUCAGCUGCCGCAUGCGUCGCAAACAGUUGUAAAGCUUCUGCGCGAGCAAUGCAAGGUGUCAGAUAUUACGGAUCUGCAAGCAGCUCUAGCAGUGCAUACCAAGAAAGCACAUAUUAUUGAACGUUUGCAGAGUUUGCAACAAGAACAGAGAGGUCGACAAAGCAGUCUGACAAAGUACAAGAUCAAUGAAUUUAUACGUGUGGCGGAGGGAAUUCCGCGACUUCGUGUGGACGUGCGGCCGCAGCAGAAGCAGCAAGUGGUCGAUGUGGAAUUAACAGCUCUGAACGGCCAAGGUGGCAAUAGCUUGGCCUUUACGUCUCGACUGCAGAAACCCAAGCCGUACGGCUUCUACAUAGUCUUGACGACCAAGAAAGAGGACACAGGAGAAAACAUCGUCCACCUCAAACACGUGGCAUGGAAACACAAGGUUCACGUAUCGCUCUCAUUGCCUGUUGCCAGUGCCGACUACACGGUGCAUGUCCUUUCGGACGCUAUUGCAGGUGUUGACAGCGUUCACGCCAUCGGGGCCUUGUCGGAUUGCUGA